AUGGACGUGGAACGAGGAUUCGGUGUGCUUCAAGCACAUUGGGCAAUAGUGAAAGGCCCGGCUCGGUCCUGGUACAUGCAUCAUAUUUCCAAUGUCAUGUACGCGUGCAUAAUCUUGCACAACAUGAUUAUUCACGAUGAAGGUGCAAGAGCUGGCGAUUGGACCGACGAUGAAGCUGAAUCGAUCGCAGGUCAUGCAACCCUGUCGGUCGUUCGAGGUUUACCCUAUGGAGUCAGUGAGAUAUUACAAGCUCAGGAGACCAUGCGCAACCAACAAGCUCAUCUUCAACUCAUGAACGACAUGAUUGAAGAAGUUUGA